CGCACGCGCAGCGCAGCGCACACACGGAAACGCCACCACCGCCCACUGCUCCACUCCACGCAGCCGCAGCAGCUGCAGCUCGCGCAAAUGGCGAUGCCGCCCAAGCCCGGCGAUCACCCGUCGCCGGGGCGGAGCCCCGGCCUCAACCUCGCCUGCCCGCUCCCGCCCAUCCCGGGCGGCGGGGCCCCGCCGCGGGUGGGAGGAGGAGCAGCCGCGCCGCCGCCGCCGCCUCCGCACCACCGCCGCGCCAGAUCUGAGGUGGCCUUCCGCUUCCCCGACGACCUGGGCCUCGGCGCCGGCGCGGACGCCGCGGGCUUCGACGAGAUCGGCUCCGAGGACGACCUCUUCUCCACCUUCAUGGACAUGGAGAAGAUCGCCGGCGCCGACCGCGACCGCGCCGCCGAGACGUCCUCGCCGCCCCGCCCCACCAAGCACCGCCACAGCGCCUCGUUCGACGGGUUCGCCUUCGGGGCCGGCGCGGGCGGCGGCGUUGGAGGGCCUGGGAAGCAGCAGGAUGGCGGUGGAGGGGGAGGUCUCUUCUCCGAGGUGAUGGAGGCUAAGAAGGCCAUGUCCUCCGAGCAGCUGGCCGAGCUCGCCGCCAUCGAUCCCAAGCGCGCCAAAAGAAUUCUAGCGAACAGACAGUCUGCAGCUCGAUCAAAGGAAAGGAAGGCUCGGUAUAUAACAGAGUUAGAGCGAAAGGUUCAAACUCUUCAGACCGAGGCUACUACUCUGUCAGCACAACUGACACUAUUUCAGAGAGACACAACUGGACUUUCUGCAGAAAACGCUGAGCUCAAGAUUAGAUUGCAAGCCAUGGAGCAACAAGCUCAGCUGCGUGAUGCUCUCAAUGAUGCACUGAAGCAGGAAGUGGAGAGGCUUAAGAUUGCCACGGGUGAGAUGACAAAGUCAAAUGAAGCAUAUAACACGGGAAUGCAGCAGGUCCCCUACAACUCUUCCUUCUUCCAGCUAUCUGAGCAGCACACAGUUCAGCACCAUUCAGGAGUUCAGCAGCUGCAACACCAAUUCCAACAACCUCACCCCAGUGUCCCUAGCCACCAGAUGCUGUCCCACCCAAAUUCCCUCUCCGAUAUGAUGCAGCAAGACUCGCUUGGGCGGCUCCAAGGGCUGGACAUUGGCAAAGGGCAAGUGGCUGUAAAAUCUGAGGCAGAGGUAAUUGUGAAGUCUGAGGGCAGUUCAAUAUCUGCAGGUGAAAGCAACAACACCUUCUAAUUAUAGACCUAUAUGUCGACAAAAUGUUCAAUCCGUUUAGUUUUCUUUGUUCAUAGUCUGACAUGCCUUCCCGAACUGCUUCCCUCGCCCCCUCUAGGCUUUUUUUUUCCCCAAUCCAAUUCUUUCUAUUUUAGUUACAUUGUUUGGUUGUUGAUCAUCGUGUGGCUGAUCAUGUAGAGACUUAGAUAUGCUCGUUUGGGGACAUUGGGUUUAUUUCUUGUGUGUUGUGUGUUGUUUGAGUUAGGGGGUGAGGGGCACUGAGUGGGUUUCUGGUGACCUUUAUGUAUUCCUUUUAGUCAUGUUGUAGACUUGUUGUCUUCGAAAAUAUGUACAUUUUGUUGUGUUACUAUGCUAAUUCUUAAUGGGACGGUCAUAUAAAGUGUGAAACAGUAUCAGCUGUUGAGAAAAU